AUGACUCUUGGAACUGGUCUUAAAAAAGGUCACUUUAAAAUAAUUGUUGAAUUCAUGGGGAAUCAUUUCCAAAAAUUAAAAAGAUCAGAAAGAGAACAAAAUAUUUUAUUGGAACAAUUGAGAAAUUAUAAAUUAAGAAAUUCAUCAUAUAAUCCACCUUUCAGUUUUGAAAGUGGUAAUAAAGAAUUAAAAUAUGUUGGUCAAAAUAUCUCAGAUGAAGAAUUGAAAAACUUAAUAUCAAAUGCAAAGCUUUGGUUGGAUGAUGAGGAAAUAAUUGACUUAAAUAAUUCUAUAUUUACUGAUGGUAACUGA